AGGCACUACUUCACUCCAUCACAGCCAUGGCCUUUACCAAACUUCUCACUGUGCUGGUUCUGAUCCACAAUGCUGGAGGCUUGCUUGGAGCUGAGGUGAAAAGCUCCAUCAUUGGAGGGAAGGAUGCUAAAAGUGACAGCUGGCCAUGGAUGGUCCACAUAAACAUUACAUCUGAUGGUGUCAACAAGUGGCGCUGCGGUGGGACCAUCCUCAACAGUGAGUGGGUGCUGACUGCUGCACACUGCUGGGAUAAACACCCUCCACCUAAAUGGGACAGAUCCAUGGUUUGGAUUGGCUCAUACAGGCUAAAAGAGAAGUCUGAACGUUACAGGGGAAUAUCGUAUGUCUUGAGUAACCCUGAUUAUCGGAACCUGGGCAGCUACUAUGUGAACGACAUCGCUCUUGUAAAGCUGGAUAAAAAGGUGAAAUUCUCAAAGCAGGUCAAAAAUGUGGCUCUGCCCAGCGCUGACGACACCUUCGGUCCAUCAUCUGAGUGUUGGAUCACCGGCUGGGGCAACAUUGAAAAAGAUACUCAACUGCCGGAUCCAGAAACCCUUCAGGAGCUAAAGAUUCCCAUCAUCUCUCACGGUGUGUGUAAGGAGAAGCGUCCUGAGCUAACCUCUGACAUGCUAUGCGCAGGGGGGGACAAGGCUGGGGGGAACGAUGCCUGCGAAGGGGAUUAUGGCGGCCCACUGGUGUGUAAAACAACCAAUGGCUGGAUGCAGGUGGGCAUCAUGAGUUAUGGAAGUUGUGGUUCUCCAGGCCGCCCUGGCGUCUACACCCAAGUGUCCAAGCACCUGCGCUUCAUCAACGACUACAUCCACAACUAAGAAGAAGCGUCUGCUGAAGUGUAAACUUCCAAGAAGCUCAGGCUGACAUCCUGCCUUACUCUUCAUAGCUCCUCCCCUGUGUUCUACCGUCACUCCUUGUAGUCCCUUAUGUUAGCUGCCAUGCAUUCUGUUUUUUUCUAAUUAAAUUCCUUGCAUUAAAGAUUUAAAGCAUCAA